AUGUGUAACCCAAAACUUGGUCUAGAAACUAAUAUCCAGAAAUUGCGCUCAAUCGCUGAAAAAGAGUGCGACCCCAAGCUCGGUCUGCGUGUGAUUGUGGAACCUGGCGGCUGCCACGGCUAUGUAUACAAGAUGGAGCUCACAAGUGAAUAUGAGAGUGAUGAUUUUGUCUUUGUCGAGUCUAAUGCUCGGAUCAUUGUUGACAGUAUAACAUUGUCACUUAUUAAAGGGAGCACCGUUGACUAUGUCACUGAGCUUAUUGGAAGUCAGUUCGCUAUUGUAGAAAACCCGCAAGCCAAAGGCAGUGGAUGUGGAUGCGGUGUCAGUUGGGAACCUAUUUUAUGA